CAUUUGGAACUACUUUACACACAGAAUUUCCGUCGUUAUCUAAUGUAAAUUUUAACGUUCCAGUGCGUUGUCCCAGCCAAUCGCGUUUGAUAGAAUAGGUACCCGACGGUAACAUAUUAAAAGUAAUCCAAAUAACGUAUAUCAAGGGUCAACAGAUAAGGCGAGUGUGUGACUUCAUUUAUUAGUUUUCUCGUAAGUACAGAUUAAUACAGACACAUAAUGGGUGUCACAAGUAAAAUUUUGUUUUUUGUGAUCGUUUUCGGAUUACUUAACUGUGGGUUGUCAAAACCUCACCAUAAAAGACACGCCAGAAGCUCACAUCAUGCCAAUGAUCCUAGUAAGAAUCCCUACCAAGCACUACCAGGAUAUCCAUCGCAAUUUUAUCCACCACCAUUUUCAUCCCCUUAUGGGUAUCAGCCCAUGCAAAUGCCGCCAGUGUACGCGCCCUAUCCCAACCCGUACUACAUGAACAUGCAAUACAAUCCCUACAUGCCGAUGUAUCAACCCUACCCAGCUUAUUUUCCGAACCCAUACGUCCAGCCAUACCCCUAUCAACACCAAUUCCCAACUUACCCAGAUCCUUUCGCGCAUAUUCCCGCAGAAAUCAUAGAUGUUGACUCGGACUUCACGAUUGAAAACCACAAACCCAAGGUCGAAGUGGAAUCAUCGCAGCACGUCGAGUUACCGGACUCCCUGCAACAACCCAUUAAGACAUCACAAGUGGAGGAAUCCGCCACCAAAGUUGAGGUGAAGUCGACUGACGAAACCGUCAAAGAAUCUGGAAAUAAAUCAGAAGAAAUAGAAAAGAAGAACGAAGAUAAAAGCAUCUUCAAUCUCUUUGGAUAAAUUCGGCGCGUAUAAUAAUUACCUUACUAUUUAAUAAUUGUUGUAGAGGAAUAUAAAUAAAGCUUUCAAACUGGCA